AACUUUCAAUUGUUUCUCAAACGUUAUGACAACAAACAACUCGACUCAUCCCUUGCCUUAUAAUCUUAGGGAUCAGUUUGUCCUUCGAAGACAAUGAGUAUAUAUUUUAGAGAAAUUUUCACACCAUUUGUCAGUUAGUUUCUUAAAGGGAAAGUCAAGCCCUGACAUUAAAUGCCUUCACAUAUACUGAACUCAUCAGUUUAUACCCAUCCAUACGUCUCAUACAUUUUAAACAAUUUUUAUUUUUAAAUAAUUAUCAUUAAAUCUGUGACUUUAUUUUAAAAUAAAAUAAACAUAAUUUAUAACUCAUAUACAUUUCAUAUUAAUAGAAAUGAAUGCAACAAUGGAUGAGAUGAUAAUUAUGACGAAUCCAUUGGUGACACUAUACAGAAGUGCCAGAAAUUUGAAGACCAAUGUCAUAGUAGACGAAAUGUUUUUGUUUCGCGGCGGAGUGUGGCCACUGGUGUCCAUUUUGAGCUCAUACCUAAUAUUUGCAAUUGUGAUCGGUCCCAAAAUGAUGGCUAACCGUAAACCAUACGAUUUGAGAGGUGUCAUAACUGUCUACAACAUAUUUAUGGUGGCAUUGAAUAUCUACUUUUUCUUUGAGAGUCUCUACGCCUAUGAGUUUGGCCGAUCACUCAUGAAUUUUCAGUUCCCCGACAGUCAGCACCGGGACAUAACAGUAGCUGAAAUGAGACGUCUAACAUUUGUCUACUGGUAUUUUGUGUCCAAAUUGGUCGACCUAUUGGAUACCAUAUUUUUUAUACUACGAAAAAAGUGGACACAAGUAUCACCAUUGCAUCUCUAUCAUCACGCAUCGGUACCCGUAUGUGUUUGGUUGGCCGUUAAGUUUGCCCCAACAGCCGGCGUGAACGGCAUAUUCCCGAUUUUCAACUCAGCCGUUCACGUGCUUAUGUACACAUACUAUGCACUGUCGGCUUUCGGACCGAUCGUUCAGCCGUAUCUCUGGUGGAAACGAUACAUAACACAAGUACAGCUAAUCCAGUUCGUCAUAUUUUUCAUCUAUGGCACCACUUAUGUCUUCAAACAGACCGGUUGGCCAACCAUUUUGAUCUGUACAUCUGUAGCUCAACCGCCCGUCUAUUUGGUAUUAUUUUCUUCUUUCUAUUUGAAAACUUAUUGCGAGUCCGCCACUAAUAAAGUCAUCUCCGGAGCUAAGUAUCAAUUGAAGUUAACUACCAGUGCUCAUACAGAUAAAACUCAGUCACAAAUUAUAACUAAACUAAAAUACAACUAACUUUUUUUUUAUAAAAUUUUG